AUGGACGGUGAGCAAAAGACGCGCUUCUUCAAGAUGCUCGUUGGGCUGGGUUAUAAAGAAAUCGAAAUAUCCUUUCCAUCAGCUUCGCAAACCGACUUCGACUUCACGAGAUCUUUGCUCGAGACGCCAGGUGCUGUUCCGGAUGAUGUCUACCUGCAAGUUUUAUCUCCUUGUCGAGAAGACUUCAUACGAAGGACAGUGGAAUCCUUGGAAGGUGCCAAAAAAGCUAUUUUGCAUUUAUACCUUGCAACGAGCGAAUGCUUCCGAAGAAUAGUUUUUGGCAUGUCGGAAGAGGAGAGCAUUGCGCUUGCAGUGAAGUGUACGGAACUUGCACGAAGCCUGACGAAGGACGCGCCGAAGGAUACACCCUACGCUCAGACUGAGUGGCUGUAUGAGUUCUCACCUGAAACGUUUUCUGACACUUCUCCCGAAUUUGUGGUGAAAAUAUGUGAAGCCGUCAAGGCUGCUUGGGAACCGACAGAAGAAGCUCCCCUAAUUUUUAACCUCCCAGCUACGGUUGAGCUGGCGACACCGAACGUAUACGCAGAUCAAAUCGAGUACUUCUGUACGCAUGUGAGCGAACGAAAGAAAUAUUGCGUCUCAGUUCACCCUCACAAUGACCGCGGGUGUGCUAUCGCGGCAGCAGAAUUGGCACAAAUGGCCGGAGCAGAGCGAGUGGAAGGAACACUGUUCGGUAAUGGAGAAAGAACUGGGAACGUUGACCUAGUGACCCUGGCUCUGAAUCUGUACACACAGGGCAUCUGGCCCAACAUUGAUUUUAGUGACAUCAAUUCGGUCAUACGAGUCUGUGAGGAAAGCACCAAGAUUCCGGUCAACGAAAGGUGGCCAUAUGGCGGACAAUUGGUUGUAUGUGCUUUCUCUGGCAGCCACCAAGAUGCUAUUAAGAAAGGAUUCAAUGCCCGCAAAGCCUCGGGUGCAAAGCCGGAUGAUCCAUGGCAGAUGCCAUACCUCCCGUUAGACCCACAGGACAUUGGCAGAAACUACGAGGCCAUAAUCAGAGUCAACUCCCAAAGUGGGAAGGGCGGUGUGGCGUGGAUCAUUCAACGGGCCCUUGAACUUGACUUGCCGCGGGGUCUCCAAAUAGCAUUCAGCAAGAUUGUGCAAAAAGAGGCAGACCGCAAGGGACGGGAACUGCUGCCAAGAGAGAUCCAGGCUCUGUUCGAGGACGCCUACCAUCUCAAGAGGAAUCCAAGGUUUACUCUGAUCGACUAUAACAUCACCGCUGUUCGAAGCUCGGGACCAGGCGAACGUGGUACACCAGGAGCAAGUCCCCAAGUCCAAACUGUACCAGCAACAAGCACAUCAACCUCAAAACGACAAUUUGCUGGCAUCAUCGCUAUAGAUGGAGCACAGCAUCCUAUUGUUGGCGUAGGAAAUGGCGCAAUCUCGUCUUUAGCCAACGCACUACAUUCUCUUGGCAUCGACUUGGACGUCGCAGACUAUAAAGAACACGCCAUUGGAGGAGGACGAGACGUCAAGGCCGCCACGUACAUCGAAUGCAUGGCGAGUGGAAGCCCUAGCAUCAAAGUCUGGGGUGUAGGUAUUCAUGAGGACGUGGUCCAAGCGAGUUUGAUCGCCUUGCUUAGUGCAGCGAGCUCGUUCCUCACCUCCCGUACCAGCACACCAGUCCCCUUCCGCCCCAAGCGGAAAGACACAUUCUCACCAUCCGAGGUGGAAGCUCUAGAGAAGCUAAGCACGUCGAGUCCGCAUUCGAGUCCCAAGGCGACAAAGGCGGCUUUUCGAGAAGGUAUUGAGCAGCAAAAGGUCGAUAUCCAAAGGCUAGAGGAGAAGGCUGAGGCAGCGGCGUCAGCAGCGUCAGCAACGGCGAGUGGCAAGGAAAAUGAGACCCCGAACGGGACUGGAUAA